AUGUCCGACUCAGCUCGUUCCUCUGUGCCCGACAACACCCUUCCUGCGGGAGAAGAAGAUAAUGAGACGAGGGGUCACAACGCUCCUUCCCCCGGCGAAUCCUUGGCAGCCGAGCUUGAGGAGCUGGCACUUCAGGCCCCUCUGCAAGACCCACGCAGCAUCUCUGCUGUGGCCAAUCUGGAAAACAGAGUAGCAGCGAUGGCUCUCCGUAGGGCUAUAGCUGUUACAGAAUCUCAAGCAGAGGAAGGCAAUCAAGAGGUGGCAGAAGCAAGGCCAGCAGAAGAGGGUGACGUGGGAGGCGAAGCAGGCGGAGAAAGGGCUGAUCAAGCAGGUGACGGAAGAGACGAGCGGGUUGGGUCGAAAAAGGGGAGAGGACGAAGCGGAGGAGAAAGGGCGGAAUCAUCAAGAUCAGGACGACGUAAGGGGGUAGCCAACGCCGAGCUGGGAAGAAUGGCCCGUUUCGCUCAUCUGAGGCGCAAGAAGAAGAAGAUCAAGAAGGAGAAGUGA